AUGCAAGCAUACCUCGCAGAAAAAUACAUGUCCGGGCCCAAGGCAGACGCUAUCUUGUCUCGCACGACCCAAAAGAAGAAGAAGCGCAAAGCCGAUGACGCAACCACAGCAUCCUCCAUCUUGGUAGACGAUGACGCUGGGUGGGGAGGCGAAAGUUCCAGGCGCAACGACGAAGACGAAGACAUCGCUGAGGCUGCUGUCGCGAAGGACCGUAGUUUUAAGAAGCGCCGUGUUGAAGAAGGUUCUGGGUGGUCGACUAUUCGUGGUGGUGUGAAGGAGGACAGUCCGCCGAUACCCGCGGAUGAACAACCUACCGUCGUCGCGGAGGAGGAGUCCGAUCAACCAUUCACUGGUGGGCUGUUGACUACAGCACAACUCCGGAAGGCUCUUCCUAAGCCUCAGCAGAGACAAGAGGCGUUGACUAAAGAAGAGGAAGAGGCUGCUCAAGAGACCAUUUAUCGUGAUGCGUCUGGCCGGAAGAUUGAUACUAAGGCCGCCCGUGCAGAAGCUGCUAGGAAGAAAAGAGAAAGGGAGGAAAAGGAUGCAAAGAAGAUGGAGUGGGGGAAAGGCCUGGUCCAAAAAGAGGAAGAAGAAGCGCGAAAACGUCAACUUGAGAAGAACAAAUCACUUCCAUUCGCCAGACGUGCAGAUGAUAAGGAGCUAAACGAAGAGCUGAAGGCUAAAGAACGUUGGAAUGAUCCAGCUGCCGCGUUCUUGACAAAAAGUAAAUCCAAAGGUCCCCGCAAACCUGAAUACACGGGACCACUGCCUCAACCAAACCGAUUUGGCAUAAAGCCAGGCUAUAGAUGGGAUGGUGUAGAUCGUGGCAAUGGCUUCGAGAAGAAGUACUUCCAGCGACAUAAUGAGAGAAAGCGGAACACAGCAGCAAGUUAUGAAUGGAGCGUGGAUGACAUGUAA